CCUCCGAUUCCCGAAACCUUGUGAUGCGUGAUACCUGUCAAAUUUCGUCGCACUGACGAACCGUUCCAAAUUGUACAGUACUUACAAAGUCUUGUCUAUCUCUCAUUCCUGUGAACUCUCGUUACGCCCAUUGGUCUGGGCGGAGUGCCGGGGUCUGAGACUAUAGAGCCGUAGAGCACACCUCCUGCGUCAUUGCUGCCAAACAUUGUGAGAGCCUGCAUCUGCCAGCGGUAGCAGCAUCAAUAGAAGACGAUGCCAACAAAGUUGCAGGAUGACACGAUGCAGGGUCAUGUCUUAUCUAUCACCUUCCAGUUCAUUACCUUCUCAAUCUCAUAACAAAACCGUGGUUCACACCUCACGCAGACCAGACUUCCAUCAGUAGGCAUUUCCAUUUUCAAGGUGCUGCGCAAAUAAUUUCCCGACUUCAUCCGGGUCUGGUCUGAACCCUGUGAUAGCCAUGGUCACCGAAAUAGGAAUUUAGAAGCAUGUCGAGCGUAUGGUACUGCCCGAAGCGUCCGCGAGAAUGAACCCGUGAAGGGGCCCUGCAUUCGAAGACACGUUCAAGCAUGGUUCCAAUGAACUCUAGCGACACAGCCGCAAAUGUCGAAGGUGCUGACGUUAUGAUACGGACAGCAAUGUAAUCCCAAUAUUAGGACUGUUAGCGUCUCGGAACUCAGUUAUUCACCGCUGACCAGUGGAUGGCCCUCUAAGCCCUAUCAGGCCUGCGCAGCAUCUCUAACCAUAAGAAGUGCUGACUCCAGGUAGUUCCGUAUCUGCUAGCACUUACCGAGUGUCCCACUAGUGCCGAUACGUUCACUAUACAUCUCAACAUGCAUCCAGACAAUUACAAGACUCUACCUAUCCCGCCUCUACCCAAGACUCAAUGUUUAUCCACACAGACAUUCAGUCAGCCAAAACUAGACGGCUCGCUCACUAUUCCAGAGAUAUAUGACUGGCAUCUUGGGCACUCACCCCAACAUCCGUUAUUCGUCUAUUCCGACGAAACAGGGGUCACGACUACAAUCUACUGGCCCGAUGGGGCUCGAGGAGUUCAUAGGGCUGGUCGUCUCGUGCAGUACUUGGCAAAGGAGACUACAGCCCAGCACCCGCGGCCGCUUAUAUUCGCUAUUCUAGCGUCAACAGACACUAUCACGUACUUCACGUUAAUGGAAGGUAUAAUCCGUGCGGGCUACACUGUCUUCCCAAUCUCGCCGCGUAACUCUGCUGUUGCUGUCGCCCACCUCUUGACCAAGACUAGCGCGGAGCGUGUCUUCGUCGGACCCGAGGUUGGACUGCAGGAUCUUGCGGCAGCCUCGCUCAAGAUCAUGUCGCAGGCCGGCACGGCUUGCCCUAUUCUUGAUACCGUUCCUCCGUUCGAGAGCUUCUACCCAAAGAUUUCUGAGGCAGAUUUCGAGCCAUUGACCCCGUUCAAACCGAAUUGGGAUGACCCAGCUGUCAUCAUGCAUUCUUCAGGAUCGACUGCAUUUCCCAAGCCUAUUGUAUGGUCGCACUACAGGUACUUCAUGCUGUGUAUCGUACCGUACCUUGGCGAGCGCGAUAUGACUGGCCAACGUCUUGCAUGUCAUUCGAUGCCCAUGUACCAUGGAAUGGGUAUCAUGCAGACUGGUUGGACGGCCACCGCCGGACUGACUUUGACAGCCUUCAGACCCCAAUCACCUGCUAUUGGACCAACUCCAGAACUAGUUAUCAAGGGAGCCAUCGACACAAAGAGUGACGUGAUCUUCUGUGUACCGAGCUUCAUCGAGGCUUGGGCUAAGAAUCCUGAGCACGUUCGUCAUUUGCAACAAAUUCAAGGGAUUCUGUAUGGUGGUGGACCUCUGUCACAGAGUGUCGGUGAUGCUUUGACCAAGCAAGACGUAUCAAUCUUCAUCUUAUACGGCUCGGAGUGCGGCAUCUUCAGCCCAAUUCUCCCAAAGACCUCAGGACUAGAUUGGAAUUACUUCACCUUCCCAACUGGUAUUGAGACUCGGUUUGUCUGGGACUCUAAUGGGAAUGCCGAGUUGCUCGUUCUGCCCGGAACUUUCCUCGUACCAAAUAUUCUCAAUACCAUAAUCGACGGCACUGACGCCUAUGCGACAAGUGAUCUCUUGUCCCCCCAUCCUACCAAACCGGGUUACUGGAAGAUAUAUGGUCGCGCAGAUGACCAAAUCAUGCAUAACACAGGAGAGAAGACGAAUCCUGCGCCACUAGAAAAUAUCCUGAACCAGGACCUGCACAUCCAGGCAUCAGUAAUAUUUGGGCGAGGAAAGUUUAAUGCUGGAGUUGUAAUUGAUCCUCGCGCCGGGUUCGGGUUCGACCCUAAGCACCAAGACCAGCUUGUGGAAUUUCGCAACAAGAUCUGGCCUACCGUUGAGAGAAUGAAUGAGUAUGCACCACAGCAUUCUCGUCUAUUCAAAGAGAUGAUUAUGGUGGCAUCAUCAUCGAAGCCCUUUACCUAUACAGCGAAGAACACCGCUCGCCGACAAGCCAUUAUCGCUGACUACGAACCGGAAAUCGAGGCUUUGUAUGCGGCUGUGGAUGAAACCACUCAAGCUGAUAUCACACCUCCUUCCUCAUGGGACUUACAAAGCUCACUACGCUUCGUGCGAGAAGUUGUCAGGAGGGUUCUCACGCACGAAGUUAACGAUUCAGAUGAUAUCUUCCAGAAAGGUUGCGAUAGCUUGCAAGCGACUUGGAUCCGAAAUUCACUUCUACACGCCCUCCGAGAUACGACCAAUGUGAACACAAGGUCUUUCUCAAGUAGCUUCGUGUAUCAACAUCCUAGCAUCAACGCUCUCGCCUCCUUUGUCACUCGCGCUCCUGGCUCUGAGCAUUCGGAUGCUAAUGACAGCAGACCAGUCGAGAAUAUGUUACGCAUCGUUGACAAAUACUCUGCUUCCCUCGUUUCCCAUUUUCCUUUAACAGGCACCCCUACCCAUGACACCGUCGUCUUGACAGGAAGCACAGGUGGCCUGGGUGUCAAUUUACUUGUUCGUCUUGUUGUAUCUCCGGACGUUGCUCGUGUAUACGCUCUGAACCGAAAGAAUCAGCAGUCGUUGAAGGAUCGGCAACGUGUUGCGCUUGAAGAGCGUGGUUUUGAUGCAAAGAUUGUCGAUUCGGAAAAGGUCGUUUUGAUAGAAACGGAUCUGACGAAAGACACUCUAGGCCUCUCUCAUGAUCUUCUUGAAGAGAUUCGUGCAUCGGCGACGCAUAUCAUACACAACGCCUGGCCUGUGAACUUCAACCUGUCGCUGAGCUCCUUUGAGCCUAACAUCAGGAGCUUACGAACUCUCAUUGAUAUUGCUUUGGCUUCUCCUCUGCCUUCGCCGCCCCGCCUCAUUUUCAUUAGUUCGGUCGGUGUCCUACGUCAUGUCGACACCGCCGCACCCAUUCCAGAACAGCCAAUCGAGGCAAACGUUGCCGUAGGCACAGGUUACAGCGAAUCAAAAUGGGUUGCAGAGAAACUGCUGAACGUCGUUGCCAGCAAGUCGUCCCUUCGUCCUGUGUCAAUUCGGGUGGGUCAGGUCAGCGGUGGAGCUUCUGGUGCAUGGAACCAAGCCGAAUGGUUCCCCGCCCUCGUGAAGUCGAGCGUGCACCUCGGCCACCUACCCACUCUUCCUCAGAAAAUAUCCUGGAUUUCCGCAGGUGCCGUUGCUCAGGCAAUCAUCGAGAUGCGCAACUCGCACGUUCCCCUUCUACAUCUCGCACACCCACGGCCUGUGCCAUGGCAGACUAUGAUUGAGCCUAUCGCGAAGGAACUCGCACUUCCUCUGGUCUCAUACGACGACUGGCUCGAGCUAUUGGAGGACAAAGGGACUGGUCUCGCUCCUGACGCUGAAGUCGAUGUUUUGAGUCGGUUCCCCGCUCUGAAGCUUAUGGACUUCUUCUCGCGAGCGCGAGAAACACGGUCUUCAAUCGAGGCCAUGGGCAUUCCUAUGCUUGACGUGUCUGAAGCGAGCCGCGUGGCACCCAUGCUGCAUGAGCUACCGGAGCUCACGAGAGACGAUGUUCUCAGUUGGCUUGCUUAUUGGAGGAGGUCUGGUUUCAUUUGAGGUUUUCCCAGGGAUCUUGUUUUCCGACGCGAUGGCUUGGUUUUGAUAAGUGUUCUCAUUAGUUCGAGCUGGGCUGUUAGGCACUGGUUUUUUGCUCCCGUAUAUUCCGUUUCGGUGUGGUAUAUACGGCUCCUCACAUAUUGACUAUCGACGGUGAUUUCCGACACGGCAUAAAUGACUCGUUGUUCUUUCCCAAUUUCCUCGUCUCUUUGGAUGCUCCGUAAUAGCCUCAUUUUCUUCCUUCGUUUCUUUCUUUUCUGUAGGUCUUCGAGUAAUAUUAAAUGCUUAAACCCUUUCGGGAAACCAAAGACUAAAUAGGUUCUUGACGCUUCGUCAACAUUUCAACGCACUGCGCGUCCGCACCAUUCGCGUACCUUAAUGAAAAUGAAUGGCGGAUGUCGAUAA